AUGAACAAGUUCAGACUUGAACUUCGUAACCGCUUCACCAGACUUCACGCUGACGAUGACUCAAUAAACGAAGAGUGGAAACUCAUCAAAGUGGCCUACACAGAGACCAGCCUUUUCGCCUUAGGUCACAAUAAGAACUCGCGCGAGGAUUGGUUGUCACAAGCCACUUGGCAGCUGAUAAACGAACUCCACCUAAAACUGCUAGGAACCAACGACGAACUAGGUACUACAAGCAGAUUUGUAAGAAAAUCUAUCGCAGCUCGCGAAAUGACAGAAGGUUGUGACUUGACGGUAUUGUUGACCACGCUCAAAUUGCCGCUAAUACCGGCAACAUGA